GAAACCCUGCCUGAUUUGUGGGCAAUGUUGAGGAUGUAGAAAAAAAAAAAAAGAAAAAAAAAACAGAAAAGGAAACCGGAGCGAAGAGAGCGCAGGGGGAGAGACAGGGAGACAACACCGACCGGGUAGCUAUGGAGAUAGUAGCUUUUCCUGGUCGCUUUCUUUGACAGGUGUCGAGUGGGAUAAAACAUUAAAAGUACCCGAGCAGCUUCCAAGAUGUACGGCAAGGGCAAAGGAGCCGUGGUCCCCUCCGACAGCCAGGCGAGAGAAAAGUUAGCGUUAUAUGUGUACGAGUACCUGCUACAUGUGGGAGCACAGAAGUCCGCACAGACCUUCCUGUCUGAGAUUCGAUGGGAGAAGAAUAUUACAUUAGGGGAGCCUCCUGGAUUCCUCCAUUCGUGGUGGUGUGUAUUCUGGGAUUUGUAUUGUGCGGCUCCAGACCGAAGGGAGACAUGCGAGCACUCCAGUGAGGCCAAGGCCUUCCACGACUAUAGCGCAGCGGCAGCACCCAGCCCAGUGAUGGGCAACAUGCCCCCCAACGACGCCAUGCCCGGUGGCCCCAUGCCCCCAGGCUUCUUCCAGGGACCACCCGGCUCUCAGCAGUCCCCCCACGCACAGCCCCCCCCACACAACCCCAGCAACCCCAUGAUGGGACCCCAUGGCCAGCCUUUCAUGUCACCACGGUAUCCAGGUGGACCGCGCCCCGCACUCCGAAUGCCAAAUCAGCCUCCUGGGGGAAUCCCUGGAUCUCAGCCUCUCCUGCCGAACAGUUUGGACCCGACAAGACCGCAAGGACAUCCUAACAUGGGUGGACCAAUGAGAAUGAACCCUCCUCGAGGAAUGGCCAUGGGCCCACAGAACUAUGGAGGCAUGAGGCCUCCUCCCAACUCUAUGGGCGGCCCCAUGCCAGGAAUGAACAUGGGUCCCGGAGGAAGAGGACCUUGGCCAGGACCUAAUGCUAACUCUAUAGCAUACUCCUCCUCAUCUCCAGGAAACUAUGUGGGCCCUCCAGGCGGAGGAGGUCCUCCUGGAACUCCCAUCAUGCCCAGCCCAGGUGAUUCAACCAACUCCAGUGAAAACAUCUAUACAAUGAUGAAUCCUAUUGGACCAGGAGGCAACAGACCCAAUUUCCCCAUGGGACCGGGGCCUGACGGGCCUAUGGGAGCCAUGGGAGCGAUGGAGCCACACCACAUGAACGGAUCACUAGGGUCUGGGGAUAUGGAUGGGUUGCCAAAGAGCUCUCCUAAUAACAUGGGGGGCAUGAACAACCCUCCCGGGACGCCGAGAGAUGACGGCGAAAUGGGCGGGAACUUCUUGAACCCAUUCCAAAGCGAAAGUUAUUCACCCAACAUGACGAUGAGUGUGUGAUUUUAUUUUUUUUCCUUUAUUUUUUUGUAUUUUUGUUUAACCCCCUCCUCCCACGCCCCACAUCCCUACUUUUUUUUUUUUUCUUCAAUUCAAUCCUUACUUCACAUCGGAUUGGACCACCUUCCCUCCUCACACACACACACACACCCACCCACCCUCUGCCCCUUACCCCCCUCCCCAUUACGGGGAUCCGCUCUCUCUCCUCCCCCCACUUCUCACUCGGGAACUCUGCGGCCACGCAGCCCUCCGGGACAGCCCUGGAGCACGCUGGGAUUCUAAUUAAGACGGGCCCCCCCGGAGCAUGCAAGAUGGCCGGCGGUCUGAAUAGGAAGCAGUCACAGAGCCACAGGAAGAGCCUGCUCUCUGACUCCGGCCCUGGCCUCCCUGGCUUCCUGUCAGGGUCUAGACAAUGAGCGAGGGGACGGCAAAGGACGAGCAGAGAGACCGAGGAAGAGAGGAGACUGGAAGACACAGCCCCUCUCCCCCGAGGACAAAGUCUCUCAGCAGCUGCCUGGAAGCCUCUCAACCACGACUUUUGGACUUUUUAUGAAUUUUUAUCGUCUUUUUUUGUUGUUGUUGCUGUUCCUGACAGAUUCACCGGAGGGUCGGACAAGACAACCGCCCCUUUGCCCCAACACAUUGUUCACUCUGUGUUCCACAUUUUUAACAGAGGUGUUGUAAUGAUCAUCGGUGAACUUUUUUUUUUUCUUUCUCCCAUUUUUUUCUGUGUAUGUAUUGUAUCAUUGUUAUUUUUAUUAUUUUAUUAUUGUUAUUAAUGAAAUUGGUAUGAUCAAUUUUUAAGAUUAGGUUCUUAUUUCUGUUGUUUUCUAAGGGCACAUGAUUACGAUGAAGAAAGAAUAUGUGCACACACAAAUCAGAAAUUAUUCGCUGUGGCACACUGCCCCCUGCAGGUGAGAGUUUAUCCAUCAUGGUACUAAUUGGCCCCUUUCAAAAAUCAUUUUCGAAGGUUUUUGCAACUUUCUUGAAAAGAUAAAAAUUGUGAACGUGUUCAAUAAUCCACACCAGAAGAAGAAGAAGAAGCGGCUCCUGUUUUUAGAAGCUUCCAUGCAGUGAAAUGCACAGCUCUAUUUAUUUAUGUACUUAAUUUGUCUUAUAAAUCAUUGUUACUUUUUUUUUUUCCUUAAGUGUUAUUCCUGGUCUUUUUGUUAACUGCAGAACUAGUAGCAACUGUGUAAAUAUGCAGAUCCACUCUUUAUUUCCAUCCGACAUCCGCUCUCCGAGCCCUAAAGGUGCUGAAUCACCUUCUUUUAAUUUUUUAUUCUUUUUUAAAAUACCCGACUCAUGCUGCUUCCUCUAAUGCUGCCCACUUAGGUCACCGCUCACUCUAGUGUGAAUGUAGGCUGCGUUUAUCGUCUCUCUGCUGACCUGUAGUGAACACUCGGAUUGUUUUGUUUUUUUGUUCGUUUGCUGAUAAGUCCCUCAACACACUGUGAUGUACGUCGGUGCUUUAUGGAAAUGUUUUGCUUUCACACACCAGCCAGUCCAGCUCGCAGACAUCUUGUUCUCACACAUGCCCGGCUGCUCCCCUCUGUAUGGUGAAAGGACUUCUGGCUCUCUGCUGGUCGCGUUCCUUCAGGUUGCUUUCAUGUCGGACAGAACGGUAUGUCAGGAAGCAGCGAGGCGUUGCUCUGUGUGGCCUCCCUCCCUUUGCUCAUCUUGAAGAAGAAAAGAAAAAAAAGACCUUUUCUCACCUAUCCAGCGGGCCAGCAUCCACACACCCAGCCACACUUCUCUCAUCCCUCUCUAAUUUCAUUUGUACAACUCUUUCGUCUCUUUCGAUUAUGAUUUUGGUUUAUUUUGUAAAUACUGUAAAAUGCAUUUUGAUAUCAUUGACAUGUUUUGAUAUUUCAGAUCACAACUUAGACAGUUGAUCGGAAACGUGCCGAUUCGGGGGCGACUGUGUGUAUUUGUUCAGAGAUGGUGUGUCUUUUACUCAGAAAUAAUAUGAAUGAUGAGAAACAGAAACUGGAGCUGCUAUAAGACUAUUAUGCUAUUUCACCUCAUCACAGACGAAAACAUGGGGCUUUACUGUGCAUAAGAGCUGUAGCGUCACGGCGUCGAAGAUGACAAGGGAGGAAGAUUUUUAUAGUUGAGUCACACAAACACACACACACAUUUCCUUGAAAACAAUUAAAAUUAAACAUUUAAUGUCCAAAACCCUCUGCCUUUGUUCUUGGAAACUGUUGGUUCGUCGUGGCAAAGAAAAGCCACAAACCUGGCUUUUUUUUUUUUCCCCCCUCUUUUUUUUUGUGACAGGGAACUUAAAAGAACAGAGUGACAGAGGCCUGUUUUUCAUCAUAAAACAUCUUCCCUCCUUAUCUGACGUACUGCAUCCUCCCCAUUUGACACAAACUGAAACCGAAAGCAGGGCGCGCGCGCGCACACAUACACACACACACACACACACACACACACACCGAGAGGAUACUGGCUCUCAAUCCAACACACCAGGGACCAGAGAACAGAUUUUACUAUGAAGGAUUUUGUUUUUGUUUUUUAAUCUAUUUAAAAACGGGGCAGGAGAAAUGUUUGGGGAAAGUAAAUAGGGGGCGGGGGGAGAAAAAGAAUAAUGGACAGAUUUGUUGCAAAGAAGAGAAAGAGAGGGAACAGGCGUUUCCUCCCCUGUACUUUGAAAUACUGUUGUAUAAAAAUGCAGUCAAACUUCUCUCUAUAUUUCUGUCCUGUAAGUAAAGCUGUCACGACGUUGAUCAUUUCUGUAUUUCUAUUGUGCUGAUGUAUAAUAAUGUAACAUUCAGGGGUAGGGGAGGGUGAAGAGAGGAAUUUUUGGGGGUGGGCGGGAGUAAAAGAUUUUUUCUGUUCAGUCCCUCAUUUUUCCUCUUGAUGACAAAGCAGUAUUGAAUAUGAGGCAGUCUGUCCUUGGGGAGUUGCUUUGUAUCUCAUGUUAGGGUAGUUUCAGAUCCUAAAUGUCUCGUGUAGUAAAAUAAGAGGUUCCUUCUUCGUAUGUUUCUUUAUAUUGUAAAGUUUCUUUAGAUUACAAAAAAAUGUUGCUUAUUGGAAAAAAAGGUGGGAAAAACUGCAUUGAUAAUAAAUGUAAAUUUCUUUUCUUUUUUUUUGGUUUUGUUUUAAUUUCAUCAAGCUGUCAGUCGUUUUUGCCUGUGUCCCCUUUGUUGUAGAUACAUAUUAAAAACAAAUAAAAUGACUUCACUCCUUUUGCCAUGAA